AUGGCCCUAGCUGUGCAGGCCAUGCUGCACGAUGGUGGAGCUCUCUCAGAAGAUAGUAACCCCGCUUCGGACAGUCCUAUUGUGGACAGAAACCUAACUGCAACAUACUUACAGGAGGCGCUGGACUCCCUGUCUGCUAAACUAAUCUCCUCGUGGUCUUCACAUGUGGACACACUGAGCAAAGACAACCAAGAGCUGGGAGCACGGACGUCCCAUAACGCAAGCAAGAUAACUGAAUUUGCCUCAGACCAUAAUGAUUUGGCUGAGCAUGUCCAACGGCUGGAACAACAACUUACCUCCAUGGACACUAACAUUAUUGACGCUGAGGAUCAAUCGUGUCGAAACAACUUGCGGCUGAGGGGCAUCCCGGAGCCUGUUGCAGCAGCGUUGCUACCUACUUACGUCCAUGGCUUGCUCAAAGUGCUUGCGCCCGAAGUGCCUACUGACAUGCUGCUGCUGGACUGGGUACAUUGA